AUUUGUAGGUUCACGCAUCAUGGCAAUGUUGUCGAGACUAUUCUGUGGAUCAUCAUCACUGCAGCUACUUAACAAUGUUGCUUUUCGUUACUUUUCGAAAACGACCUACAAUACUGCGAGAUAUGCCGGACGUCGAGUUGCUGAAGGAAAUUACGGUAUUGGAAGCGCUACACGUACAACUCUGAAAGAACGUUUCAUGGGACCUACUACAGGAAAACCAUAUAUGUAUGGAAGUGCAGUUGUAGCUGGGGCAUCAUUACUUGGAGUUGGUGCCUUGUGCUAUUACGGACUGGGUCUUUCGAAAGAAGGUCAGAGCAUCUUAGUGCAGUCAGGAGCUUGGCCAGUAUAUGUGCGCGAUCGUAUAAAGGCUACAUAUGGUUAUUUGUUUGCAUCGCUUGGGAUAACAGCAGCUUCAGCUGUAAUGACAUCAAGAUCGUUUCAUAUUUCACGUUUGAUAAUGGGAUCGCCCUUUAUCUCAAUGGCGGCUGUAAUGGCAAGCGGUAUCGCAGUAUCAUUGAUCGAUUACGACAAUACUUUGCUGAAACAUGCAGCUUGGAUUCUGCAUGCGGGCAUGAUGGGUACCUUCAUAGGUCCAGUCUGUUUGAUGGGUGGUCCCUUGGCUAUGCGGGCUGCUUGGUAUACUGCAGCUAUUGUCGCAGGACUGUCAACAGUUGCUUUCACAGCACCAUCUGAAAAGUUCCUGAUGAUGGGAGGCGCUUUAGCUAUGGGACUUGGUGUUGUUUUUGCAUCAUCUAUUGGAACUUUUUUUCUUCCUCCGACAUCUGCGCUGGGUGCAAGUCUGAUGUCUAUCUCCAUUUAUGGCGGUCUGAUUCUCUUUUCACUAUUUUUGUUGUUUGACACACAAUUAGUUAUCAAACGGGCGCAGAUGUAUCCGAUUUCGAACACAAGUGAAGAGCAGAUUUACAAGACGGGGUAUUACGGCAGUAUUGCUUCUGGGUAUUAUGAUAUUACUACACCAAAAAUGCGUCGAUUUGAUCCAAUCAAUGCACAGUUGUCCAUUUACUCAGAUGUCUUGAACAUUUUUAUUCGAUUGGCAACAAUAAUGAUGGGGAUGCAGAGUAGUAGAAAACGAUAAUUGACACACUUCACACAUAUAAUAUUUCCUUUCUUACUGGUAAAAUAUCAUGCAGUCAUAUAUACAUUUGUAAAAAUCAGUGUGAUAACUAAAAUAUUAGUUUUUGAGCAGUGGUUAUAUUUUUGACAAAGAUUUUUCAGAAAUUCGUUCAGUGUAAUUUAUUUCUUCUCUUUUUUCAAAAGUGAUAUCUGUGCACCACUGCUCAAAUUUACUGGUCAUAAGGUCAUUUCCAGUAGCCGUAUUAAUCGACUUUCCAAUCCUGAUAAUUCAUACUAAUCCGUGUGGCUACAUAUUUCCCUUCAUGUUUCGAAAUGCAGCAUAUUUCGGGCAUUAUUUUGUCGAGAUAAAACUGAUCACAUAAUUUACAUACUAGCUUAUGCUUGCAGUGAAAUGAGGCUCCUGUAUUGCCCAAUGUUGCUUUUGAUUUCAUUGAAAGUCGAACUUGUCUUUAAGACCAAAAUAAUCGAUACUAUCUUCUUUACAGAAUAUUGCGAAGAAAAGACUUUAGUGAUAGUUCCGUUUGCAAGAACAAAUAUUGAUUAUGUAUAAAUAAAUGUAAGUAACGAAACGUUGAAGUUUAUGAUCACAUGGAAAUGUGCGCAUAAGAUUCUUUGGUUAUUGAUGCAAGACGCUGGUAAAUUUUGCAUGAUUAAAACAAAUGAGGA